AUGGCCGAAACCAUUCCCACCGAACUGGUCGAGCGUGUCUUCACUUUUGCCGCUCAGAUCGACGGGAAGACAGCCACAGCGAUCUGUCUGACCAACAAAUUGGGCUAUCGCGUCGCCACACCAGCUCUCUGUCACACCAUUGGCUUUCGCAGCGAGAACAACGACGAUGAGCACGGUUACUGGCAUGAUCUACAUCUACUGCUCGACACGCUUCUGCAGAAGCCUGAGCUCGCAAAGCACGUGCAGGCCGUUGAUCACUACGUUGAGAAUGUCGAUGCGGCUAUGGCAAUCCAUACUCCGCCGCCGAAUCAUGAGCAGGUGCAACAGUUGCUGUCAAGCGAGCUAGGCAAGGAGUCCAGUUGCGUCCAUGCAACGCGCAGACUAUCCCCUCAAGCUCAAUCGAGGUUCUGGGAAUGGCUGGCCCUACAUAACCUCAUAGAAGACGAGAUCGACGAUGAUGAGCAGCCCGCGUCCAGCGUCACAGAGGAAGGCAUGUACGCUCCCACGACAUGGCUGUGCCUGAUUAUGCUUGCUUGCCCACGACUGCGAUCUGUACGGGUUGCUGGAUGGCCGGAUGACCUGUACCAGAUGGGUGAUCUAUGCCUCGCACUGUCAGAAGGUGGCAGCGAGGAUGUCGAAGACGCGGCUGCUCGAGCAUAUCCAGACGGCUUGCGCAACAUCGUGGAGCUCCAUGUCAAUGCCACGGACCACGCGAUUGAUAUGGAGAGCUUCCAAAGCGUUCUGCGACUACCCAAGCUCGAGAAGCUCACGAUUGAUCCAUUCUUCGGUAGCUUGAGUAGUCUGUCAGAGGGCGAUGACUCAAUUCAAUCCAAUUUGCGCGAAUUGAAUCUGUCCAGGAUUGUUACGAUUGGGGAUGGCCUUGACAUGCUCCUGGCGCGAUGCGGACAGUUGUGA